UUUGUUAACCGAGAGCGGAGCUCGUCUAGGUGUGGCCUGGAUUGUUUUUAUCAGCGGCAGCAGUUUCAGGUGAAACAUUUCAGGUGAGGCAGAGCGGAGAGGACUCGCGCGCAGCGACAGAUUCUUUUCUCAGGGCAGCAUCCAGUGGAUUCAGCAGAAAUGUCCUCCAGGCCCAACGGGAGUCCACCUCCCUAUGAGUCAGAUGGAUAUAACGCCCCCCCGCAGCCGGCCUACUCUUACUACCCAGAUGACGAGUUCCAGCACUUCUACCGCUGGACGUCUCCACCGGGCAUCCUCAAAAUCAUGGCCAUCAUAGUCAUCGUGCUGUGCGUCGCCAUAUUUGCUUGUGUCGCCUCCACUCUGGCGUGGGACACUCAGGGAGGCCUGGCUGGCUUUGGGGGUAUCGGGGGCUACGGGGGAGGCUACGGGGGAGGCUAUGGAGGAAGUUAUGGAGGAACGUAUGGCGGCGGAUACGGCACCUUUGGAGGCGGCGCGUACGGAGCUGGAAAUAACUACGGCUACGGUGGAAUCGGAGGGAACUACACCGACCCCCGAUCGGGCAAAGGGUUUAUCAUUGCCAUGGCAGCCAUCAUCUUCAUCGCCUGCCUGGUCAUCUUCAUCAUCAUUGUGUCCCACCAGAGCCUAUCAGAGAGCAGGAGGUUCUACUUAGCAGUGGUGAUCAUCUGUGCCAUCCUGGCGCUGCUGAUGCUAAUAGCCUCCAUAGUGUACUUGAUGGCGGUGAACCCCAUGGCCCAGUCCUCUGGGUCCGUCUAUGCCAACCAGAUUGCCGGCCUGUGUGCCCAGUACCAACAACCACAGGUUUCAGGAGUGUUCGUCAACCAGUACCUCUACCACUACUGUGUGGUGGAGCCACAAGAGGCCAUCGCUGUGGUGUUCGGGUUCCUGGUCGCCAUCGCCCUGAUCAUCAUGCUCGUCUUUGCUCUGAAAACUCGGCAGAAGAUCAGAAGCUACGGCAAGAGCAACAUUUUGUGGAAGAGAGUGAAGGUUGUCGACGAGAUGGCGCCACCUCAGGAUGUAGAGGCGUGGGUGAACAAUGUGUCCGUCGUCCCUGAGGAGCUCCCAAUGUCAGACUACCCUGAGAAGCUGAGAAGCUCCAGGACUUACCUGGACGACGAGAGCAACUACGACAAACCCCCGUUCGACUACUCCCCACAGCCUCCAGUGGAACACGACGCUCCUGUGCAGAACUCCGCUCCUUACAGCAGUAACUCAGACGUGCCCAGCUCGGCUGGACGGCCCAAGAAGAGACGCCGACCUCGUCGCGCUGACGGACAGGACUACGACACCGACUACAACUCCUCAGGAGACGAGCUGGACGACAACGACUUCGACAGUGAAUUUCCUCCGAUAGUAAACGAGCAGGAGCGCAACGACUACAAGCGCGAGUUUGACCGCGACCACCUGGAGUACAAGGACCUGCAGGCAGAGCUGGACGCCAUCAACAAGGAUCUGUCCGAGGUGGACAGAGAGCUGGACGAGCUGGAGGAGGGAAGCCCACAGUACCUGGAUGCUUUGGAUGAGUACAACAGGAUAAAGAACAUUAAAAAGUCUGCAGAUUAUCAGGUGAAGAAGCGCCGGUGUAAAUAUCUGAAGUCCAAACUGAACCACAUCAAGAAGAUGGUCAGCGAUUUCGACCGCAGGGCCUGAACAAAUCUGGGUGGAUUUACGUGCCUGUCCUAGACGGGACAGAGGGGACUAAAACUGGGUUUGGCACUGCCGGGGUGGGGACUCUGACCACAGCAGAUCGUAGAGGACGGAGCUGCACUGGUCAACAUCGAACACAAGCUACCGAAGUCUGUCUGAGCUGAUAGCUGGUGAAACUCUCUUAAAUAUUGUUUGUACUUUGGAAGAACAGAACACCAAUACUGUGUCGUGUAUUAAACCAUUGUUUGUAUUAUAAGUAUCACCUGACAUAGAUACUGUUACAUGUAUUUAUUUUACCCAAUGUGAUCUGAAUAUAAUUGUGUAGUAGAGAUGUUCUCCUACUAGACUGUUAAAUAAUAGUAAUACAAAUUGAUACAUAAUCCCUGUUUGUUUUUUAUGGCUCUUACUCUUUUAAUCCUCGUUUUUAAUCCGUUCUCUUUUUUAAAUCUGCAACAUUAACAUGUAAAUAAGUGGGAAAUGUUUUUAUUGUCUCUAGCUGUUUAAGGAAGUAAUUUCAUGUGUGUUUCAUACAGACAUUUUUAAAUGAAUCAUGCAUGUUUAAUGCAUAGUGAUGUACUUUUACGGUGAUGUUUUUAUGAGAAUAAAUUCAUUUAUUAAACAUUUUUUGUUGCUGUUGUUA